AUGGCCGAUGAUGAAGAUGACGAUCCGGUCGUGGCAGAGGUGGACGUUUAUCUGGCCCAGACUUUGGCCAACAACCUCUACUUGUUUCAGUAUCCAGUCCGUCCAGCUGAUAUUACUUAUGAUGAUAUCCCUCAUAUUGGAGCGAGAAUCAAACCAGACCAGCAGAAGGUUGAACUUGAGCUGUCAAUAAACACAAGUAGUGAUAACUAUUAUGCACCCAGAGGAGAACAGAUCGCACAUGAUGUGGAUGGCUCUGCUUUGUCAUCUGCCUCUGAAGGAAAAGAAUCAUUUUUUUCCAGCGAUAAGAUGGAUAAGCAAGUGCUCUCUUCAUCAAGAGCCUCAGAGGAUGUGAGUCGAUAUUCUGUGGGCAUUCUCAAAGGAGGUACCUAA